AUGCGACUACUCAACGCUUAUACUAUUAGGCUCGAGAGCUUCAACGGUGCUGAAUCUGAUAUCCCUCACUAUGCCAUCCUGUCGCACACAUGGGGGGACGAUGAAAUUACCUUCCAGGAUAUAACGCAACAACCACUCGAGAAUCUCCAAUGCCGGGAAGCUUUCUACAAGAUCCAGGAAUGUUGCGCACAGGCUCGAAGGAAUGGUUAUAGCUAUGUCUGGAUCGACACAUGUUGUAUCGACAAAACCAGUAGCGCAGAAUUAUCUGAGGCUAUCAACUCCAUGUUCAAAUGGUAUCAGCAGGCUUGUCUAUGCUACGUCUUCUUGAGUGAUUACAGUAUCAUCCUGUCGUAUGGCAUUGCCCAAACAUCUACCGGAAGAGUCGUUCGUCUCCGAUUAGCAGAUACUUCAUUUUUCUCUAGCCGCUGGUUCACAAGAGGGUGGACAUUACAGGAGUUGAUUGCUCCACGCCGUGUCGACUUUUUCGAUAAAGAUUGGAUUAAUUUUGGCUCCAGGGAUGAUGAGCUUCUCGGCCGCCUUUGUCAUAAAACAGGUAUCUGGCCUCAGCUAUUUGAAGAGCCUCGAUGCUACUGUCUUGAGCCUUAUCCUGCGGUCCGCGAUGGUGUCUGUGUUCGUUGCACAGCGCUUGAUACACUUCCCCAAACUCUUGACUCAUUUGCAGUGUCUGUCAAGAUGAGUUGGGCGUCAUCGCGUAUCACAACGCGCAAGGAAGACGCUGCUUACUGCCUUCUCGGCCUAUUCAACUUGAAUAUGCCCAUGCUUUAUGGAGAAGGAAACAAGGCUUUUUUACGGCUCCAAGAAGCCAUAGUCCGUCAGUCGAAGGACCAGUCCAUUCUCCUGUGGUGCGGCGGCUUCGGCCACGCACCGUUGGGCCAUGUUUUCGGGUGCCUGGCACCUUCAUCUUCUGUCUUCAGCGAACCUGUUCAUAUUCUUGGUCGUCGAGUUUUCAAGAGGAUGGACAGGGCCUUUGAGGUCGGCUUUGUGAGCUCUGUGACUCCGAUCGAGUUGACUGAUACUGCUAUACAAAUGAAUUUGUGGAUCUGCCUUUGUACCGUGAGCAUUUACAAUCCAACGACAAAUGAAUGGUUUGAUCGGAAACUCUCUUUAGGUAUACUGGAUCUGGCUUACGAUGAUGACUACCUCGUUCGACCAGCACUGCUUCUUGAACACCUAGGUACUAUCAAUUUGUAUCGACGCGUAUAUCACAGAUUUGUUGUCCCUGUUGACCCCAGGCAGGUUUACAGUAGCCUUGAGAUAACAGUCGACCAACCCUCGUCGGACGCAUCUACGGAUGGGAACAUUUUGAGAUAUCCUUCUGUAAUAAAGGUCAGGCGGUAUCUCAACCAAGCUACCCAGAAGAAUGUCAGUGUUCUGCGUCAUCAAAGCCCCAGCAACGCAGUGAGCAUGAAUCCUUCAUAUGAUCUGGGCCCAAAGACUGGGCCAGUGUACCUUGUUUCCAAGAUGAUAAAGGUUCGGAUAGUGAUGACUGAAGGGUUGGGUCGAACGUUGUACGAGGUUCAGUUUGAUAUCGACCAAACGCCAACAGGACCACAGUCGCAUGAUGCACAGUGA